AUGAAGAGAGAGCUGAAGUUUUUAAUAUUGGCUAAUGUAUUAUUAGUUCUUUUUUUGUUAUACUAUACAUUCGAUCUUCUUACCUUAUGUAUUGAUGAUACAACAAAGGAUGCUUUAUCUGAUAGUGAUAUAAAUGAAUCACCAAUUGUAGAUGAAUCUGUGAUGAUGAUUCCAAAAAUUAUUCACCAAACUUACAAAACUGAAGAUAUUCCGGAGCAAUGGAUUGAAUCCCAACAAAAAUGUAUUAAUUUACAUCCAGACUAUGAAUAUAUAUUGUGGACAGAUGAAAUGGCACACAAAUUUAUUGAACAACAAUAUCCAUGGUUUUUAUCUACUUUUGAGAGUUAUGAAUAUCCAAUUGAAAGAGCCGAUGCAAUCAGAUAUUUUAUUCUUUAUACAUAUGGUGGAGUCUAUAUUGAUUUAGAUGAUGGAUGUGAAAGAAGAUUAGACCCUCUUUUAAAAUUCCCUGCGUUUGCCAGAAAAACAUCACCAACCGGCAUUUCAAAUGAUGUGAUGGGUUCUAUACCUGGUCAUCCAUUUUUCUUAAAACUAAUCAAGUCACUAAAGCAUUAUAAAAAGGAUUGGUGGGUACCCUAUAUGACAAUAAUGGGGUCCACUGGUCCAAUAUUUGUCAGUGUAAUAUGGAAACAAUAUAAAAGAUGGACUAAAAGGACUCCAUAUAAUAUUAUUCGAAUAUUACAACCAAAUGAUUAUAAAAAAUCUACACAUUCCUUUUUUUUUCAAUUGCAAAGGGGUCAUCAUGGCAUUUAG